AUGGACUUUUUAAAAAAAUAUGAGACAUUCAUCUACAAGAAUGCCUCACAGAUCUCCAGUAUUGAAAGCACCUUACGAUCCUUGACGUAUAUCCUGCCAGGACGCUUUGAUGAUGCCGAACUUGCCUCCGAAGCACUGUUCUCCACGCUUAAUUUGCUUGGCAUUUACCACGAUACAAUCUUGACUAAGCAUGUGGCCAGCUUGCCUCCAACCCAUCGGCCUACAUCCUCACCCUUGAACCGAUAUACGCGCGACUGGCAGAACAGCUCAAUGGCUUAUAAGCGGAUCGUUAUGCUCCUGACAGUCAUUCAGUACACAGAGGUGUUGGUUGAGAUGGUUGUCCAGAAGAAAUGGGGCCAACAAUACAAGUGGCGAGUCAUCACUGCACUAGAAGCCAUCAAAGCUGCUGGACGAUUGGGUUUGAUGAAGUUGACCAACAACAGGAUGUUGAUGCAUCCGGUCCACACGGAGCGUGAUGUUGAUCCUUCAACUCUUGCAGAUCUUGCAGAGACACAAGCGUCAGUCAAUGAAAGUCACUGGAUAGGAGCCAGGACAGGAAGCACACGUCUACAAUUAAGUGCAGUUCAAAAGAAUGGCAAAUCUGGAAAGGGUUCAGAUGUGACAGAAUUUUUGUUGAGCAAAGUUUUGACGCCGGAUGUGGUCCGUCGGCCACGCGAUUUAGUGGGAAUGAUGAACGGAGUAGGAGCUGUGGGGGAGUAUUUAUUUAUCUUGAGACCGUUGAUCUACGUGUUGGCAAUGCGCAAGUAUGGACAAAAAUCGUGGUACCCAUGGUUCCUUUCAUUGACGAUCGAAUUAGUAUCGAGAACAAGUAUUAGGCAUUUCUUGAAAACAAGUCGUGCCAACGGUCGAGCGACACCAUUGGAGAAGGAUGAGAUGAAGAGGCGAUUGUGGCUCUUGUUGUAUUAUGUACUUCGAAGUCCAUUCUAUGAUCAAUUCACGAAGGAGCGUCUCCAUAACUUUUGCGAGUCUACAAGCAAGAAGCCGUUGAUCUCACUUGUUGGAGGUAUCGUUCGUGACUACCAACCUCUCUGGGAGUCUGUAUACUUUUACACUGCUGGAUCAUAA